UAAUACUGUUAAUAAUACAUAAUGACAUUUAACGACUAAUAGAUAACUAGUUCUUAGCUUUGAAGUACUAAAUGUGAUCUUAUAGUGUUAUAUUGUUGAGAAAAUGAAAAAAUUAUCAAUGAAUAAAUCUUAUGGUUAAAGUUGAUCUUUUUCAUGCAUCAUUAAUUUCAUUAUGAAGCUGACGAAACCAUUGAAACUCUCCUUACUAGUAAGAAAUAAAGGAGAACCAAAACUAUAAUCAGUACUGACAUUUCAAGCCUUGGUUUUAAGUAUGUUGUACACUUCAUAUAAGUUUUAAAUCGCUAUUAAGUUUUACAAUAUCCAAUUGCUAGAAAAUUUAACAGAAACAAAACUAUAAUCACUAUUGAAAUUUAAAGCCUCGGUUUUAAGUAUGUCGCACACUAAAAAGUUUUAUUUCACUAUUAAGUUGUAUAAUAUUCAAUUGCUAGAAAAGCUAUAAUCACUACUGAAAUUUCAAGCCUUGGUUUUAAGUAUGUUGUACACUAAGAAGUUUUAAAUCGCUAUUAAGUGGUAUAAUAUUCAAUUGCUAGAAAAGCUAGCUGAACCAUAUGAAUUAAUAAUGAAAGCUCUAGUUUCUAACUUUUCAUACAUCUUAUUUUCCCAUGAGAGAGAUUACUACCUAAUGAAGGAAAAGCAAUCCUUGCUCUAGAGAAUAUUUUCCAGGCACGCAAAUCUAUUACAAGAGGAACGAUUGAUGCACAACACCAACUAUUCAAUUCAAAUGCUUGUAGCCAUCUUUAGUGAGGAGAUAUAAGUCCAACUGUCUCUCUCUUUAUUAUUGUCUAUUAUGUACAAAAUUAGAACAAGACAGUCAAAGUUUUAGAUAGCAACAGCACUUUUUACACUGUAACUCUCUAAACUAACCAAUUAGAGUUAUGCAAGAUUGACACCUAGAGGUAAUUCAUGUGGCUAUAUAAUGAGGGCUGUGUAGUGUUUGAAAUCAGAAAACCAUGGGUAGUAGAGAAAGAAAGUUCUCUAUGGCCUCCCUUUCUUCUGCUCUUCUAGCACUCUCUCUUUCUCUCAGCCUUCUCCCUUUUGAGACUAGAGGAGAUGGUGUCAUCUACUCUUCUCCCCCUCCUCCUGUUUAUGAGUAUAAACAGCCACCUCAUUACUAUUACAAGUCACCCCCUGUUUAUGAGUAUAAACCACUACCACAUCAUCAUUAUAAGCCACUUCCUACACCCGAAUACAACUCCCCACCUCCGUAUUAUGGUAGCUCUCCAUCUCCUCAUCAUAAGUCACCUCCUUUGUACAACAACAAGUCUCCGCCUCCUUAUUACAAGUCACCUCCAGUACAUGAUUACAAAUCUCCACCUCCUCAAUAUAAGUCUCCACAGAAGUCACCUCCUAUGCAUGAAUACAAAUUUCCACCUCCAUACUAUUACAAGUCACCUCCUAUCUACAAUUCUCCCCCUCAUUACAAGUCACCUCCAAAACAAGAACAAAAAUCCCCUCCUUAUCAUUCCAAAUCACCUCCUACUCACGAAUACAAAUCUCCGCCUCAUUAUUACAUGCCGCCUCCUAUGUAUAAAUUCCCAUCUCCUUAUUACAAGUCACCUCCAAAGCAUGAAUAUAAAUCCCCACCUGAUCAUUACAAAUCACCUCCUGCAUACGAAUACAAAUCUCCACCUUCAUAUGAUCACAAGUCACCUCCAAAUAAGGAACAUAAAUCCCCACCCGAUCAUUACAAAUCACCUCCUACAUACAGUUACAAAUCUCCACCUUCGUAUGAUCACGAGUCACCUUCAAAGCACGAAAUUAAAUCCCCACCCGAUCAUUACAAAUCACCUCCUGCAUAUGAGUACAAAUCUCCACCUCCACAUGAUCACAAGUCACCUCCAAAGCACGAACAUAAAUCCCCACAUGAUUAUUACAAAUCACCUCCUACAUACAACUACAAAUCUCCAACUUCAUUUGAUCACCUUCCAGAGCACGAACAUAAAUCCCCACCCUAUCAUUACAAAUCGCCUCCUACAUAUGAAUACAAAACUCCACCUCCACAUGAUCACAAGUCAACUCCAAAGCACGAACAUAAAUCUCCACCUGAUCAUUACAAAUCACCUCCCACAUAUGAAUACAAGUCUCCACCUUCGUAUGAUCACAAGUCACCCUCAAAGCAUGACCAUAAAUCCCCACCCGAUUAUUACAAAUCACCUCCUACAUAUGAGUACAAAUCUCCACCUCCGCCUGAUUACAAGUCACCUCCAAAACAUGAACAUAAAUCCGCACCCGGUCAUUACAAGUCACCUCCUACACAUGAGUACAAAUCUCCACCUCAUGAUCACAAAUCACCUCCAAACUACGAACAUAAAUCCCCACCUGAACAUUACCAAUCACCUCCUACGUAUGAAUACAAAUCUCCACCUCCAUUUGAUCACAUGCCACCUCAAAAGCACGAACAUAAAUCCCCACAUGAUCAUUACAAAUCACCUCCUACCUAUGAAUAUAAAUCUCCACCACCUCACGAUUACAAGCCUCCUCAAAGAUACAAACACGAGUCACCGCCAUCUUCAAAGCACGAGUCAUCUCCUCCUGCAUAUAAAUACAAUUCACCACCUCCUAAGUGCGAGUCCUCAGCCCCUAUAUACGAGCAUAAAUCACCACCUCCUACAGAUCACGAGUCAUAUCCUCCUGUAUACAAGUACAAAUCACCACCUACAAAGUAUGAAUCUUCCCCUCCUAUGUACAAGCAUAAAUCGCCACCAUCUUCAAAGCAUGAGUCACCUCCUCCUACUUAUGAAUACAAGUCCCCACCUUCUAAGCACGAGUCACCUGCUCCCAUAUACAAGGAUAAAUCACCACCUCCUGAACACGAGUUACAUCCUCCUAAGUACGAGUACAAAUCGCCACCAUCUCCUUAUUACCACAAGAAACCAUCCUACUCCCCGUACAUGUAUUCUUCACCUCCUCCUCCUUAUUAACACUAAGAGCAUCUUCGAAGGGAAUAAAUUGGUAAGCCUUCUUAUUUUACAUGACUAAUCUUAUAUUCUUCUUCAAAAUAUUGGCAUAUUUAAAGUCAUGAACUCCACAUGAAAUCGUCUGAUCUGUUAUUUGGGAAUAACCAUUCUUUUUUCCCCUCAUU